AUGAGAUUAGAUCUAGAUGGACAUCUAAGGCUGUAUGAUUGGUCUGGUUUUAGCUGGAAUGUGGUUUUUGAUGUACUGCAGGGAAUAAUGGAUACUUGUGAUUACCCAACUGCCUGCGGGGAGUAUGGCUUAUGCAACAAGGGGCAAUGUACUUGUCCAGUUGAUAUUAAUUCAAGUUCAAGCUACUUCAAAUUGGUGGAAGAACGAAAUCCAAAUCUUGGUUGUGUCCCAAUAACUCCAAUCUCUUGCCAAGAAAAAGACAAGCAUCGACUAUUGACCCUUCCCUCCAUUUCUUACUUUGAUAAGAACUAUACAGUUGUGAACACAACAAGCGUCGACGACUGUAAGAAAGCCUGCUUGAAUAAUUGCUCUUGCAUGGCAGUUAUGUUCAGAGAUAGCAAAUGUAUAUGGAUGACAAAGGUCUUCUCCUUGCAAUCAAUGCAGCCUGGUUCCGACUCCACUGCCUACCUCAAGGUGCAGAUUGAUGAAAACAAAAAAAAGUCGAUUUUAGGUGCUACACUUGGAUCUGUUAGUGCUGUUGUAUUGCUUGCCAUUAUUGUUUCUCUUUAUCUGAAGUGGAGGAAGAAAUACGGAGAUAAAGAUGCAUUUGAGUUUGAUCAGUUACUUGGAAUGCCGACGAGGUAUUCUUUGGAAAGGUUGAGCGAAUGCACUGAAGGCUUCAUUAACAAGCUCGGAGAAGGUGGGUUUGGGUCGGUUUUUGAAGGGAAGUUAGGUGAAGAGAGAGUUGCAGUUAAACGUUUGGAAGGUGCUAGACAAGGGAAGAAAGAGUUUUUGGCAGAGAUCGAGACUAUUGGCAGCAUUGAACACAUCAAUCUUGUCAAGCUGAUUGGGUUCUGUGCAGAGAAGACUGAGAGGCUUCUGGUAUAUGAAUAUAUGUCAAGAGGAUCGCUUGAUAGGUGGAUCUAUUACCGUCAUAACAAUGGCCCUCUUGAUUGGUGCACCCGUUCUAGGAUCAUAUUGGAUAUUGCCAAGGGCCUGUGUUAUCCUCAUGAGCAGUGCAAGCGGAAAAUUGCUCAUCUAGACAUCAAACCACAAAAUAUUCUCCUGGAUGAUUACUUCAACGCCAAAGUGGCUGAUUUUGGACUAUGUAAGUUAAUAAACAGGGACCAAAGCAAGGUAGUUACUGUGAUGAGAGGAACACCUGGAUAUCUGGCCCCUGAAUGGUUGACAUCGCGGAUCACUGAAAAAGUUGAUGUCUAUAGCUUUGGAGUUGUUGUCAUGGAAAUAGUAAGUGGAAGAAAAAAUAUUGACCAUUCUCGGCCCGAGGAGGAAGUUCAACUUAUAAAUGUACUGCGGGAAAAAGCUCAAAACGACCAAUUGGUUUAUCUCAUUGACAAGCAUAGUGAUGAUAUGGUUUCGCAUCAGGAAGAAGUGAUUCAAAUGAUGAAGCUCGCAAUAUGGUGCCUGCAAAAUGACAGCAUUCGAAGGCCUUCAAUGUCAAUAGUGGUUAAGGUAUUGGAAGGUUCUAUGAGUGUAGAAACUAUCGAUGCAAACUCGAUCAUGCUUGUUCAACAUAAUGCAUCAACAUAUUCAGUUCCACCACAAGCAUCUGUUUUAUCUGGCCCAAGGUGA